AUGCUGAUUGGACUAGCAGGUACUCCCGGUAGCGGGAUCGAAGAAGUUGUGAGGGUGUUGUGUGAAAAGCUGAAAUUUAAACUACUCGAAAUAGAUGAUCAAAGUAAGGAGUUAGAUUUGCUUGGCAGACCUGAUAAAAGAACAUUUGCGGACAGCACGGAGCUGUUGAACUAUGUCACAACAAACUGGAGAGAUGAUAUGCUUAUUUCCAAUGUCAGUGAUCUGCCCAACCUCGAUCUGUUUUUGAAGAGGCCCUUUGUCCUGCUCGUCACUGUCGAUGCGUCUUUGAUGAUCAAGUUCCAAAGAUACAAACUCAAACAUCAGGAUAUAACCCUAGAAAAAUUUUGCUCCGUUGCGGAUGACCACUUACUUUCGGUCAACAAUAGGCACUGUAAGAUUCAAGACCAAGCGCAGAUAAGAUUGAUCAAUAAUUCUGUGAACUUUGACUCGCUAUAUCAUUCAAUCACACAAAUCAACCUUACCGACCCUGAGCGUCUACGGCCCGAAUGGGACUCGUACUUUAUGCACUUUGCAGAUUUGGCAGCCAUGAGGUCCAACUGUAUGAAACGAAGAGUUGGCUGUGUUAUUGUGAAGAACAAAAGAGUUGUUGCAACCGGGUAUAAUGGUACUCCAAGAGGCUUUACCAAUUGUAAUGAAGGAGGAUGCUACCGCUGUAAUCACCCAUGUGUUGAGAACAGCGGUGUUGGACUUUCAACCUGUCUCUGCCUACAUGCAGAGGAAAAUGCGCUUUUGGAAGCAGGGCGGGCUCGAGUUGAGGGAGAUUCCAUACUGUACUGCAAUACAUGUCCAUGCCUCACUUGUUCUAUAAAAAUUGUUCAGAUGGGAAUUACCGAGGUAAUCUAUUCCCAGAGUUACAGCAUGGAUGCAUUCAGUGAGAAAGUGUUCAAACAGGCUGGUGUCAAAUUCAGGCAAUUCAUACCUCCAACUCACGGUACCGUCAUCUUGGAAUAA